CUGUGAUUUACAUAGACUGACAUUAGAACAACCUUGGAUUACAUACCUCUUGCUUUUGUCCAACGGAACUUCAAUCUACCAAGUGUUUCAUCGCAUACCAUGAGCAACGUACUAUUAGCUUUCACAUUAUAGUCCAUCUUACGAUCUCCCCAAUAUCCUAAUAAUCUUCUACCCACAACGUUGACCCCAACAACGAACUCGAACCACCUGCAACGCCGACGCCGACAUCGCGAACGCGAUGAAUUACAUUCGUGGCGCUGUGAGCGCAAUCAGUGCCCCAUACCAGUACUACAAAGAUAUCAAUCCAUCAACCCUAACUGGGGCCAUCGAUGUCAUCGUUAUUCGGCGCCCACCAUCACCCACUUUAUCCGCUAGCUCCGGUUCUCCAGACGGCGACAUUUAUGCUUGCUCUCCAUUCCAUGUUCGGUUUGGUAAGCUCCAAGUACUCAGACCUGCUGAAAAGAAGGUCAACGUAUCAGUGAAUGGCUCGCUCAUCCCAUUCAACAUGAAAAUCGGAGACGCAGGAGAAGCAUUCUUCGUGUUCGAGACAGACGAAGAUAUCCCAGAAGAUCUCGUUACAAGCCCUCUACUCUCCCCAACCCCAGGAAGUCGAACUCCAGGGUCUGGAGCUAAGCCGGAUGGCGAAGGGAAACAGACGGAUUUGAGUUUACAGAUGCAGGAGCCUGAGUUUCUCGACUUGAAUGCUUCGUCUGGGUUGAAACAUCCAAUCCCGAUGCAUGCAGGCGCAAAACCGAAACUUGGCUCCAGGAGCGCUCCUCAUACCCCUCCACCAGAGGAGCCUGUAGCACAACCAACCGACGUGACUGGUCCAGAAGUACAAUACAAGGCUGAUGUCGCACUUGAUAUGGCUGGAUAUCAUUCUGCCCAAGCACGCGACGCGACUUCCUCACGUGUAUCUCAUUCACAAUCUCCAGCUCCGGCUGCCAUACCCUUCCCAUCCACCCCUCCUCUAGUCGCGUCCCCUUCGAGCAAACACUCCCCAUCACUUUCCACAACCACUUUUCCUACCCGCCGCGCUGUUUCAGAAUCACUAGAAGAUGUCCCGCUUCCUCAGUACUCAUGGGAAUGGGGCGCGUUCCCCCAACCCUCACCUAUGACGACACAUUUCCCAUCUCCCCACCUAUUGCGCAUGGGCAAAGUACCCGUUGUGGAUGAACACGGACCAUCCGAGUUUGAUUCUGAUGAAUUUCUGGCGCGCAGUAGGAGCGUCCCGCUUGAGCUCGAAGGCAGCCCACAUACUAUUCGCUCGUCUCUACCAUCUCAGGACGAAGCAUACGAGCCUGACGAUGAGCACGAACACGAACUUGAACGUGAUCAUCUUCCACUCCCGAUCCCUGAGUAUGGAUUCGGUUCGGGCGGUGUUCUCACCACGCUCCCAUCCGACUCACGCAUGUUCCUUGUGCACAUCGAGGGCCAGACACUAUCAUUUUCUCUCUCGCUUGUGCCUACGUCAAAACGCGGAAUUUUCCAUGGGAGCGAUGAAGUAGAAGUCGUGCGUCUAUUUGAGGCGGGGAGAAUCGACUAUGCGCAGCUUGUCUCUGAUGAGGUGGUCAUCGGGGAGGUGAGGACGCGUAGAGUGGUAGAGGAUGAGGGGUUAGUGAUUAAGUGGGUGGGCGGGCAGUAUAUCACGAGGGAAGAUGGGAGCCCGUUGAUGGAUGCUUUGAGGUUGUGGGUCGAGAAUGCGCCGAGGGAACCAUCGAGGGCGAUGUCGGAGCCUCCGUUGUCCAUUGCAGAAGAACGAGAGCCGCAUAUAGACCAUAGGGAGGACGAUCGGGUAAGCAGUGUCGAUGAACGAGAGCCGGUGUCAAGUGGAGAGAUGAGGCGUGCGGAUUCUGAGCCGCCAGAGUCAUACCGGAAACCGACGUCAAGCAGUUGGGUUAGGUGGUGGAGCAGGAGCCGGGAUAUAACCGAGGCUGAUCGACCUCCUUUGAGAGUAUCGAAUACUUCUCCAAUGGAAUCCUCACUUCCGAAACAUGUUCCCCUUGCGGCCCAUCGUAUGGAGUUCCCUCAAUCUGCGUCAGCCCCUCCUGCAACACCGGAGGGUGGCAAAGCUCAAGACAUCACCAAGCCCUUGAGCAAGGCGUUGGAGGCAAAGAUUGCGAGGACGCAGAAGAGGUAUGCCAAGACGUUGCGAUUGUCCUCUGACCAACUGAAAUCCCUCGACCUUAAACCUGGUGCUAAUACCAUCACGUUUUCCCUGUCUAAUUCUACUGUGCCCGCGUGUACGGCGCGAAUAUUUGUAUGGGACUCGACUGAUCUUGUCGUCGUGUCCGACAUAGAUGGCACAAUCACCAAGUCUGACGGGCUUGGCCAUGUCUUUGCUAUGAUCGGUCGCGACUGGACGCAUUCCGGUGUUGCCAAACUUUACACCGAUAUCAGACGCAACGGGUACAAGAUCAUGUACCUCACCUCACGAGCUAUCGGGCAGGCAGAUUCUACGCGCGACUACCUUAAGGGUAUCAAGCAGGAUGACUAUCAGCUUCCCGAGGGCCCUGUCAUCAUGAGUCCCGACCGACUAAUGGCCUCGUUGCAUCGCGAGGUGAUCAUGCGGAAGCCCGAAGUAUUCAAGAUGGCAUGCUUGAGGGAUAUCCAGCGUCUUUUCGGUGAGAGCUCGCGCACGCCGUUCUAUGCCGGGUUUGGGAACCGGAUAACGGAUGCGCUGUCGUAUCGCACUGUGAAUGUCCCGAGUGCGAGGAUAUUUACUAUAGAUUCCUCCGGUGAGGUCAAGAUGGAGCUCCUCGAGCUCGCAGGGUACAAAUCAUCGUACAUACAUAUGACUGACAUCGUGGACCAGAUGUUUCCUCCGAUACAUCGGAAAUGGACAGCAGAGUUCACAGAUUUUAAUUAUUGGAAGAUGCCAGUCCAGGAAUUCGCCCUUCCUGACCUUACACCUCCCUCCCCAGCCCUAAGCGCACGAUCGGAUACGUCUAAUCAGAGUACACUUGCACGGUUACGCAAUUUCAGCCUCGUAGGGCGGAGACAAUCGCGGGAGAUGAGCCAGUUUUCACUUCCACCGCCCGUGAUGGCGCGCGACGGCACGCCGAGUCGAACGAUGGGCCUGCGCAAUACACAUUUGCGGCAGAUGUCCUCUCUCGAACGUCUCAGCGGCAGACUGGCAGCGCUCACGCAGUCGUCUUCAUCUAGUGGCGUCGACUCACGCUCGUCGUCGUCUACGUUCCUGGAUUCUGACGAAGAGGAUGCAGAGAUUGAGGAGGGGAGUGUGCGGAAAGGGCGUCCGAGGAGCACGAGCAUGACGAGUAUGCCCGGGUCGUUGGAUGAUGGGCAGUUUGGAGUACAUGGUGAGGAUGAGGAUGAGGAAGGGUAUGAGGAUGAUGAAGAGGAGGAGGGUGGAGAGAAUGAGGAGGAGGCUGCUGAGGAGGCGUUUGAUGAGGAUUUUCUUGCUACGGGUGAGAUGAAGAAUGUGCCAUUUUUGUAAUGCGGGCGAUGGGACCUUGGUAGUGUAAUUUGGCAAGGGCGGAGGUGCACUGGUUAGUUGAUUUGGAUAGAAUCAAUGAUGACAGAUCAAACGCGCAACUCUAGGAGCAGUGGUUUAGUCUGUUCGAUAAUUGAUUUCUGCCAGUCGCACCCUGUGACGCGCUCACCGUGAAUAUUCUUACCCCAUCGGACUUCGACUGUACACACUUGGUUUUGUCGCUUAUCUCAUAACA